AUGUCUGGACAGAAGACUGUUAUUAUUGGAGCUGGUCCAGUCGGAGCUUUAGCAGCUCUAUAUGCAGCUCAACGAGGGGAUGAUGUAGAGAUAUAUGAACUCCGAAGUGAUCUUCGGGAUCCUUCCACAACACCUCUCAAUUUCACAAAAUCUAUCAAUCUCGCUUUAUCAGAGCGGGGAAUUAAUGCCAUAAGACAAUCUGGGCGUACAGCACUUCUUGAUAGUAUCAUGAAAGAGGCGAUACCCAUGGGAGGUAGGAUGAUUCACGGCGAAACGGCUAACAAGGAGCUCUACGAACAGUCACAAGACUAUGAUAUCCAUGGAAGAUCAAUAUAUGCCGUGGACAGAGGAGAUCUCAACAAAAGAUUACUCGAUGAGCUGGAGUCUCUUCCUAAUGUCAAGUUCAAGUUCAAUCACAAACUAACCGGAGCUGAUUUCAAAAACAAAAAAGCAUGGUUUGAAGUCCAUGGUGGAAAAUCACUUCAGUGGUCCGUCGAAAUUAGAGACCAGGAAGUGGAAGUAGAUUUUGAUUUCCUCAUUGGAGCUGACGGGGCUCAUUCGGCUACACGCUAUCACUUAAUGAAAUAUCUCCGAAUGGACUAUCAGCAAGAGUAUAUCGACACUUUGUGGUGUGAAUUCACAAUAGAUGCUCAAAAGCAGAUUGGGGAGGAUCCAGCAUCUCGUUUUAAGAUAUCUCCACAUCACUUACAUAUCUGGCCCGGUAAAGAUUUUAUGUUCAUCGCAAUCCCUAGCACGGAUGGCUCAUUUACUUGCACUCUCUUCAUGCCGUCGAAACCGUUCAAUGAGCUCGAAACCGACCCUAAAGAUGUCCCGGCUUUCUUCGACGAGCAUUUUCCAGGUGUCACAAAACUAAUCGACCAUGCUUCUCUGAUAUCAUCAUUCAAAAAUAACCCACAUCUUCCACUCAUAAGCAUAAAAUGCAAACCCUACCAUUUCCAAGAUUCAGUAGUCAUCCUCGGUGAUGCCGCUCACGCCAUGGUUCCAUUCUACGGACAAGGAAUGAACGCGGGUCUGGAAGAUGUCCGUGUUCUUUAUUCUGUUCUCGAUGAUGAGAGGCGCAAUUUCCCCCUUCUUAGCACCGAAGCCUGUCGUUCUGUUGCUUUGAGCGUUUACUCCGAAAUCCGAAAAGCCGAUGCACACGCUAUCAACGAUCUAGCCUUCGAAAACUACUUUGAAAUGCGCGCAGCCGUCAUCUCACCGGUCUACAAAUUCCGCAAAUGGUUAGAGGAAACAUUGAGUGUAUACGUACCUCGUCUUGGAUGGCAAACCAAGUACUCUCGUGUUAGUUUUAGCAACGAGCGAUAUUCCGAGAUUGUAAAGAAGAGCCAGAAACAGGGCAAAUUGAUCAUAGUGGGUUUGGUGAGUGUAUUGACUUCACCAAUCGUAAUUGGGGGAUUAUUGGCAUUUUAUAGAUGGAGAAGAGCUCAUGCUCCUACGAGGGGAUUCAUGAAACAUGUAGCAAAGCUGGGAGCACUGUUAGGAUGGAAGACUGCUUGA